AUGUCGACGCACGAGGAAUACGAGGACGACUUCGAGCUGAGCACCGACGGCAGUCCUCCCGACCACAAAAUAAGCCCGCCGCCCUCGUCGAAAUCGCCCCAAGUGCCGCAGAGCAGUUUGGAAGGACUAAAGGCGGGGCUGCAGCCGAAGACCUCGCGGCAGGCCUCCUCCGGCCUGGACGGCAAGAGGCACGCCUCCAGCUCGGCGGCCUCCGGCGGUGGUCGGCCGCCGCAGUUGAUUCGCCCGCCCGAGCCGCGAACGGCGCUGGCGACGCCGCCAUCGACCAGCGAUGGCUCCCACUUCCUGCACGUCUCGAAGCUGACUUCGGUGGUCCAGAUGGAGCCGGAGAGGGGGGUCGCGCAACACUUCGGCUACCGCGCCGUGGACGACGAGACUGUAAAUAGCCUGGCAGCCUCUGUCUCCAGUCUUCACGACCCGUACAGUGGGACGGCCGGCCCGGCGGAGGCGCGGCGGCACGUGAUGGACCCCGCGGCAUCGUCGGUAAAGUAUGCGUCCGCGUCGUCGUCGUCGACGUCUAGUGCCUCCCCGGGGCGGCACGCGGCGCACCCCGCCGCCGCCGCAGCGUCAGAAGCGCAGGCAACAAAGCCGCCGUCCAACGCGGAGCGACGCAUCAGCGGCAGCGAGGCAAAUCGUGGGCAGGCGCGACGCGGCAGGAACCCGGGGUCGGUCUCCAGCGACAAUGGUAAAAAAGCGCCUCGCUCAGUCGACGUCUGGAAAAGGCACGAAGUUACCCCUUUGAGAAAAACCUCAAAGACGAGUCACGCCGGUGAGGCUUCGCCAGCGAGGCGAAGGCAGAAACCGUCGCACCCCGUAAGAAACUCGUCCCAUACUCGCGAGGAGACAUCGCCAACGUCGGACCCAAAGGGAGUGUUGUGGCGGAGUAUAGAAAGUGCGCAUGACAAAAGCAACAUUCACAGUGAAGAGGGGGAGUUCAUUUCCGAGACAGAAGACGCCUCUCGCUCCUUACGUCGUGAACAGCUGCUGCAAACGCUUGCAAAAACCAAAGAUGAACUCGCCAGUGUACGUCGCGCCAGACGGGCAUUAGAAAUGCCAUCACGAGCUUCCCAGCGAAGCAGCCGAAAAGGAAAACCUCGAUGGGCACGCAUGGAUUUGGAUAGAUUGGAGCGUGAAAAUGAACAUCUUCAGCGUAUUUUAGACCUUAGAAGCGUCUGGGGAGGGAGUAUUGACUUGCCGCUGCGAAUUGCUGAAGAGGAGCUGAAGCAUGUGCUUGAUGAGCUUAACCGAGUGAAGCGACGCAGACGCGACCUUUGGACGGAGGACCGACGAUCCUCUAUUCUCUUUACGCAAAUAGUGAAGGAUCAACAACCCACCCGGGAGAAGGUUGCACGCCAGUACCGGGAAGGCAUGUACAAUCGUCUCACUCUGCAGAUGAAGGUGGAGGGUCUGCAAGAAAAGAUAGCAGCAACACAGGAAACAUCCUGUCGCCUUGCCAAACAGGUUCGCCAGUUGGAGGAAAGCAUGCAAGCGGAGGGGUUAACGCAAAUGAAACCCGAGGAGUACAUUGCAAUGCAGCAGGAUGUGGAAAAGAAUGCUGUAAAAAUUGAUAGGCUUGUCACUUCCGUGACGACGAUGUCGGGAAAGUCGGAGUAUCAGAGCUUUUCAGGCACUCACGGGACAAACGAGGACACGUCCAAUGUGAGAUUCCCCGGACGCGGUCAAAUGGAGACCUUGCUUCUGAAGCUCAUUAGACAGGUGGAACAGAAGGAAGCACGAAUAAAGUCGUUGCGUCAGAGCUUCGCUAGAACAGGGUCUACCGUGCCCAAGAGCAAGGGGAGCUUGGCCAAGUUUGCGGCGCGGAAGCAGUCCCUCACAGGAAGCAGAACAGGGUCCUCGAUGUCGCGGUUGUCAUCCAACAGCAUUUUGCACAAAGAUGGUCCACUUGCCCCACGCCGAACUGAUGUUAAAGCCGCCGCCCACAGUGUUCCCCCCUCGAAGUCGGAAAGCGUACGCCUGCAACAAGAAAAGGAGAAAGUUGAACGGGUAAAGAGGACAAUACCGCCCCCCGGCGCAGACGGAAGGCGCGUCAUAGCGAGCAAAUUGCCCGCGUCUUCUCUUGUGAAGCUAGAUGGAUCACUGUCUGAGCUUUCGGAAAACCAUAAAGGCGGUUCUGCUCUUUUCCCUGUAUGUGCGUCCCCCACCAACAGCAGCCGAGCGUCGGAAUUCUCACCCAAAACGGUGGACAAUAAUGUUAAGAAGCAUCCUGCCUUGAAUGAUGAAACAAAAUCAAAGAUGACUGCCUCACCACAUUCUGGCAGUGAGCUGCACAGUUCACACAGCCCUUUCCAGGGCUCUCCAACCCAAUUCUCCCCAAAUUCACUUGGUAAGUCGGGUUCCUCCAGAGUCGUUGCCAUUAGUGAUGGCCGCCCAUCCAACGAGGUUGGCAAGGAGGAGGUGGCGGACGCCGCGCAGGAGGCAAGGGAAGGUGCCGCGAAGACACCCAUCUGGUUGGAUGAAUAUUAA